UCAGCGCCCGGUCAGCGCCGUCUACAGCCGCCCGCACUCGCGCGUGGAGACAGAACCGGACUGGACCGGGUCGGGGGUGCCUCCCUCACUCAUGAGCCAGGCUCGCCGCCUCUCGCAGCGGCGUGCCGUGUCUGUCGUCAUCCACGACUUGCCGCACGAGGUCAUGCUCCACAUCUGUGAGACGCUGACGCCGCGCGAGACCUGCACCAUGAUGCUCGGUCUCGGGAAGCGCAGCGUGAUCUUUCGAUGCGUUUCCGAGGUGGCAAUCCUGCGUGGCUCCGCGCUUGGAAAGCAGAUCGAGAAACGCGAGGGCCUGAAAUGCACAGAGGAUGCCCUCAAGUACAUCCUAGGACGGCCGGUCGAAAGCAAGGAUCACAAGUCCGUCUGCACGGAGAAUGCGUGCGCCUGGCUGGCCUUGCCUGCGCCAAUGUGCUCGGCUCUCCUCGUCGCGCCGGCCGAUUAUCAGAUCGACGCCCUUCGCGGCGCGGCCUUUCUCGGUCUGCUGCCGCUGGCGCAGCUCCACGCCCGCGCCACCGAGCACGGCGCUUGCGUCAUCAAGCGCGAGCACUCCGAGACCGAGAAGCAGGCGUGCAAAGAGGCGGCCGCCUUCUGCCGCAAGGCGCUCCCACAGUCCGACGAGUCGCAGGCCCUCCGACAAGCCAGCGUCAGCAUGGUCACCGACGCCGAGCGGCGCUUCACCAACGUCUACCUACAGCUCUUCCAAGACCACGAGCUGCGCCGCCACAAUGCUGAGUCGGCCAGCUCUGCCAACACGGCCCUGUUCCGCUUCAUCGACCAGCACCUCGCCACCGCCACCGGCGUGCGUCUCGGCCCCGUCGAGAAUAUGCACAACUCGGCGCUGGUUGGGCUGCUUGCGGGCGGGUUGCUCGGCAACUCGGCCAAAGAGGACGACGAGAAGCAAGACUUCCUCUCCAAGGUCAUGAGCCGUUGCGAGAAGCCGCUCUCGCUCCAACGCUCCCAGCGCGAGCGCCGCUUCUGCGACCUCUGCCUCCAGCCCAUCGAGGGCAUGUAUGCGGGCUGCCGGAGCUGCGGCUUCGAUUGCUGCCCGCGUUGCGUCGACCCGGCGUCGCAGCCGACGCACGUCUGCGUGCCGCUGGACGUGGCGACGCGCAUGCACCUCUUCGUCGAGCUCUGCCAGACCGCCGAUGGCCUCGAGGACGCCCGCCCCAGCGCGAUCGCCGCGCAAGAGCAGCUGAGCGCGGCGCAGAUCGACUAUCAGGCCUUCCUCGCGAAGCGCGCCGAGCACGACGCGACGCUGCUGCGCCUCGCCAAGGGCGGCCAUCUGCACGAGCUCAAGAUAUGGCUCGACGCGUGCUACGGUGGUGCGGCCGCGAUGGGGCCGCGCAUGGUGCCCGAGCCGCCCUGCCUCGCCAGCCACGUGCGCGACCUCUUUGGCGUGGCUUCUUUGCCUUCAUCGACUGCGUCUUCAGCUGGACCGUCGCGCUUGUCACGCAGCUGA